AUGUCUUUAAUUACCGAACUUGAGCACAUUUUGAUUGCUAUUAUUGUCUUAAAUCUAGUUUCUUCAGUUGUUAUUGUUGCUUUGUCCUAUUAUCUUUACAAGAAGAUUUGUGAAGCAAAGGCACCAUUAGAACAAAUAGCCAAAUGUUUGCAUUCAAGUAUUUUGCCGUUCUACUUUGCUUAUACUCCAAUUGUUGUAUAUGUUGUUAUUGCGUUCCAAUAUGGUCACAAACUUGAUGAAAUAAAGUCAAUAUAUCAACAAUCAAAAAAUGAUCGAAAAAACUUUGUGAUGGAAAACUUUGGAAAUGAUUCAAUUUCUAAAGAGUUUUGCAACGAAUUUGGAAGCCUUUUUCUCAAGUAUGGGUUUGAUGGUGAAAGGAUUUUGUCCAAUGAAUAA